GGAAGGAGGGGCGCUCACGGAGCUCUCAACAAAACCUAUAGGGCCCCACAUCCCGCAGUCGGUGUAGGGGCUUAAAAAAAGGGAAAGCGGGGAAGAUCGGGCAGCGCCGCUCUGAUCUGCCCAGUCGGGCAGCGGGACUUUCCGAGCCGUCGCUAGAGGGAGGUGUGGUACAGAGAGAAGGGAGAGGAGGCAUCCGGGAGAGCUGCCAAGGCGGCCGCUGCCGGGGAGCAAGUAGGAAGGACAAGCCAAGCCAGGCGCUUUUCCCGACCGGGCUUCCCUUGCCUUGAAUCGGGCGCAAGAUUCCCCGGAGGCACCGCUGUCGAGGCAGCCCUCGGGAAAGGGGAGCUUUGGAGGGACUCCCCGGCGGAAACCGGCGAUCCUGGGAGGCUGGGCCGCUGAGGUUGCACGAGCAGGGACGACGGUGUCAUCCUCCCCCGCCUCUUCUUCGUCCCGCUCCUGAUAUUAAAUCUGUCAGAGCUGCUGCUGCUGCUGCUUCUCGCCGCAUAAGCGCAGGCUUUCCUCCGCGGCCUCGGGUUUCCAUUUUGGAUGGUAGCUCUUCCGUAGCCAGCUCUUCCCGGAGAGACCCCAGAAGCGUGCGAGCCGAGAGCGGGGGAAGUUCGCGGAGAAGCCCGCCCCUGCCUCCCCUCCGGCUCUCCUCCCAAACAAACAAGCCAGCCGGAAAGUCUAAAGAAGCUGCCAAGAAGGAGCGUGACCGAGAGACUCGCCCGGAGGAAAAGAGGAGGCGGAGGAGGAGAAGAAGCGCCGUUGCCCUCCCAUCUUCCGUCCUGAUCGCCUCCCCUUGGCUGAAUCCACCUUUCCUCCGACUUCCCUUCCUCGGAGGCGCCAGGGCAGCGAAAGCCGGACUCAUGAUGGCCUCAACCGCAACCUGCACCAGGUUUACCGAUGAAUACCAGCUCUUCGAGGAGCUUGGAAAGGGGGCUUUCUCAGUGGUGAGAAGAUGCAUGAAAAUCACUACAGGACAAGAAUAUGCUGCCAAAAUUAUCAACACUAAAAAGCUGUCAGCAAGGGAGCACCAGAAAUUAGAGAGAGAAGCUAGAAUCUGUCGCCUUUUGAAGCACCCUAAUAUUGUGCGACUUCAUGACAGCAUAUCAGAAGAAGGAUUUCAUUACCUAGUCUUUGAUUUAGUUACCGGAGGUGAAUUAUUUGAGGACAUUGUUGCGAGAGAAUAUUACAGUGAAGCAGAUGCAAGUCAUUGUAUACAGCAGAUUCUAGAAAGUGUUAAUCAUUGUCACCUAAAUGGCAUAGUGCACAGAGACCUCAAGCCUGAGAACUUGCUUCUAGCAAGCAAGUCGAAAGGAGCAGCUGUAAAACUGGCAGAUUUUGGAUUAGCAAUUGAAGUGCAAGGUGAACAACAGGCCUGGUUUGGCUUUGCUGGUACACCAGGAUACCUUUCCCCUGAGGUGCUACGAAAAGAUCCCUAUGGGAAGCCAGUUGACAUGUGGGCAUGUGGUGUUAUUCUCUAUAUCCUCUUGGUGGGAUACCCUCCCUUUUGGGAUGAAGAUCAACAUAGACUCUAUCAGCAGAUCAAAGCUGGUGCUUAUGAUUUUCCUUCUCCAGAAUGGGAUACGGUGACCCCAGAAGCAAAAGACCUUAUCAACAAAAUGCUUACAAUCAAUCCUGCCAAACGUAUCAAUGCGUCAGAGGCCCUCAAACACCCAUGGAUCUGUCAACGUUCUACUGUUGCUUCUAUGAUGCACAGGCAGGAGACUGUAGAUUGUUUGAAGAAGUUCAAUGCAAGAAGGAAACUUAAGGGAGCCAUUUUAACAACAAUGUUGGCUACAAGAAAUUUCUCAGCAGCCAAGAGUUUACUGAAGAAACCUGAUGGAGUAAAGAUAAACAACAAAACCAACGUGGUAACCAGCCCCAAAGAAAAUAUUCCCACCCCAGCGCUGGAGCCCCAAACUACAGUAAUCCACAAUCCAGAUGGAAAUAAGGAAUCAACAGAGAGUUCCAACACAACCAUUGAAGAUGAAGAUGUAAAAGCUCGUAAACAAGAGAUCAUCAAGGUUACUGAGCAGCUCAUAGAAGCUAUCAAUAAUGGGGAUUUUGAAGCCUACACGAAAAUCUGUGAUCCUGGUCUUACCUCAUUUGAGCCUGAAGCCUUGGGAAAUCUUGUAGAGGGGAUGGACUUCCACCGGUUUUACUUUGAAAAUGCUUUGUCUAAGAGCAACAAGCCAGUCCACACCAUUAUCCUGAAUCCCCAUGUCCACCUGGUAGGGGAUGAUGCUGCCUGCAUUGCGUAUAUCCGACUGACUCAGUAUAUGGAUGGAAGUGGAAUGCCAAAAACAAUGCAGUCAGAAGAGACAAGGGUUUGGCACCGCCGUGAUGGAAAAUGGCAGAAUGUUCACUUUCACCGUUCAGGAUCACCGACAGUACCUAUCAACUAAAUGUCAGCGCCGCCCACGUUGUGUCCUCCGCACUCCGCACUUGGUUGGCUCCUUCUGAGCCAUCCCGUUGCCCUCUUCAUGCAUGUUCUCUGAGUGCAUGAAGCUGUGAAGUUUCUUCAAGUGAUACGUUUAUGAUUGCAUCAUUUUGUUGUAUAUUCCAUUGGUACCUUUUGUUUACACUUCAUUAAAGGAGAUGUUCCAUGGCAAUUAGAAAUAGAGGUACAGGGAGAAAGUGUAAAGGGAAAAAUUGAAAUGCAAGAGUAUAUUCAGACUAUACAUCUCAUGCAAAAAUAUGAAUAUCAUCUGCAUGUGCACCCUAUAAAAACAAAGGUUAAAAAGAAUUAACUUCGUUUUAAUUUUUAUUAAUUUCUGAGUUAUUUGUUUUUAAAGGUUGUUGCCUAACCCUUUCGUCAUAGAAGGAUUAAUGAAAUUCCUACUAACAUCAUCUUUAAUGUAGGAUAUAUGGCAGACAUAGUGACUUAGACCAAAGCAUUUCUAUAGGUUUGAGGUCUUAAGAAGUUGCCUUUGCUGGAUUCACUGUGUAUAAACUGGAAAAAAGGCAAAAUUUGCAGCUUUGACUUCAGCAAGAAUGUUCAGUCACGGUGGUCAUUUGGUCAGCAAAUGUAACAGCAAAUUGUUUUCUUUCUUUUCUAAUUGCUUAUUUAGUGUCAUUUUAGGAAAAAAAAGAAUUAACAUUUGUAGCUUUCAGAAGCCAAGCAGUGAACAGAUUCAAUAUAGUUUCUGGUGAUAUAGUUUAUGGGUAAAAUAAAACUUUUUUUUAAUCAUUUUUUGGAUGUACAGUACAUUUAUUAAAGCAAGAUGUAGAUGAUUUUUUUAACUGAUAUUCUAAUAAGAUGUGUAGCAAUCUAGAACAAUUAGGUCUUAAAAGCUUAGUAUCAGGAGAUGUCUAAAUUUUCUUUGUAUCAAUUUAUUACCAGGAAACACCUGUUUUCUAAUAAUGUUGUCAAAUUUAAUAGUAACAAUUUUAUCCAUUUUUUCAUGGCUUAUUGACAGCCUUGAAAGUAUGAAAUAAAACAAUAAUUGUAGCUUUAUUAAUUUCUCCCUUUUCCCACAUGUCAAAUGUCCCUCAAAUGUCUAUUGCUGCAUUUAUACCUGCAAAACAAGCAGGCAAAUAUCUUCACUGUCAGUUUAAAACACAUUACUUGGAUAAUGUUUGUUUGCUUUUCUUGUAUAAAUAUGAAAUUGUAUUUCCAAAAGCAUUGCUCCUUCUAUUUCAGUUUUUUAAAAUUGUAUUAGUACUUUUCUUUCUUGUUAAAGUCUUUUUCUUUCAUUAAGUAGGGCAACCGAUUUUCUGUAACGUGUAUAGCGCAUGACAUUUUAAAUAAUGUUCUUUUUGGUAAGUAAAAAUUUACAACUUAUAACAGCUUGAAAAUUUUUAAAGCAGAGGGGAAGAAAAGUCCCAAUUUGUAUAACUUUCAUCUCUCUAUACUGAUUAUUAAUCAAAAGUGGAUCUUAUUCUUUAUACCUUGAUGUUGUAAACAUUAUGUUAGAGAAAUGUAAGCUUCUCUGGUGAUAGUUAUUACAUACUUUCAACCCACAGAAUUAUUUAGAACAAUCAUCAGUAAAUGUCUCAAGCCAUAUAAAUCUGCUAGAGGGAUCUGUGAAAAGAUAAUGGCCUCAUGCAUAAUUUUUUAUUAAUAAAUUCCUUCUUUUGUGAAGCAGCUUUAGGUGGCAUUAGUGUAUUUUUAUGUUAUGAAAUAUGGCAUAGGAUAUUUUUACUCUUUUACCAUAGCAUGCUAUAAUGCCAUAUUAUUCUAGAUCAUCUGUCUUCCACACUGAGAUGUCAGAAAUACAGUGUGAGUUAGUUCUUUAUACUCCACCUGAAUUAUUCAUCUAAUUCUUUGCCAUUUUAAUACACUGCAGUUUACUGUGAGACACAGUGUGUAGGUAUUUGUGUUGUAUACAUAUAUAUGUCUUUCUGUGUGUGUACACACAUAUAUAUGUAUAUACAUAUAUAUGUACAUAUAUAUGUGUGUGUGUCUAUAUAUUUAUAUAUAUAUAUAUAUAUAUUGAUAUAUAGAUUAAUACAUAUCUCCUGCCACAAUGGUAAAGAACUGACAGAUAUAUUUAAGAAUUAAUAAAUUUGUGAUUUAUGCUGA